AGUUUUGAUUCUGAGUGCAGACAUGCUCCUGAAAAGCGGAUUUGUUUUGCUCCUUGUUUUGGUUGCAUCUGCAUUUGGAACAGAUCAAGAACCUGCCCAACCUAGACGAGCACGAUUCUCUGCCAACAGCCCCACUGAGGUUGCCCGUUGUCUGAACGGAGCUCUGCAGGUGGGCUGCGCAGCGUUCGCAUGUCUGGAGAAUUCGACCUGCGACACUGACGGCAUGCAUGACAUCUGCAACGCCUUCCUCCACACUGCUGCGAUUUUUAAUACAGAGGGUAAGACGUUUGUGAAAGAAAGCAUCACGUGCAUCGCCAAAGGUAUCACCACUAAGGUCUUCCAGACCAUCAAACGCUGCUCCACCUUCCAGAAGAUGAUUGCUGAAGUGCAGGAGGAAUGCUACAAGAAGCUUGACAUCUGCGAAGUGGCCAAAUCAAAUCCUGAGGCCAUUGGGGACGUGGUCCAGGUGCCCAGCCACUUCCCAAACAGGUACUACAGCACACUUCUGCAGAGCUUGAUGGAGUGUGAUGAAGACACCGUGGAGGUGAUGCGAGCCGGGCUGGUGGCCAGACUGGGACCUGACAUGGCCACACUCUUCCAGCUGCUUCAAAACAAGCCCUGUCCACCUGAACCUGCCGUUGCUGGGCCUUCUGUGAUCGAGGGCCACACCAGCUUCCGCUGGCCUCCCAUGUUCAAAAUCCAGCCCAACCUGCGCAACAGGGACCCCACGCACCUCUUCGCCAAGAAACGCUCAGUUGAUGGAAGCUCUUAGAGUCGCACAAUCUUCACAACUACCAGUUUGCAUCAUGCAUUAUGCUGAUGUUUAUAAGUGGAAGACGGUAAUGAAUAAUUAGUGAAUGUAGUUUUAUUAUGGGACACAACGGAAAUCUUUGUUUGAUUCUUUAACUGCAUUACAUUGAAUAUACAUGCCAAUGUCAUUUAUAGCAUAAAAAUGUUUUAGACUCUUAAUAUUUAUUGCAUUUUUAAUGGCCUAAUGCAAGGAAAGCAAAAUAUUAGCACAAAUUUUUGAAAAGGGAAACCUGUCACCCUAACCAACUUGUUGUGGCAGGGCAGAAAUAUUUAUUAGUGUACAAUGAAAAUAAUUUAUAUUUAUUUUCCUACCAAAUGUCAUUUAAAUAGUAUUUUAUUGUUUAUUGUAAUCGGAGUCUGAAAUGAAAGAGUCUUUAUUCUUUAAGAGAAAGAAAACUACAUAUUUCUGGAUAUGUAUCAUAAAUGUUUCCUAUGCUGGUCAUGAGAAAUAUUCUAUAUGAUUAAGAAGGGCAUACUUUGUUCAUGUUGGUGAUAUUGCAUAGUUGAUGUGCUUGAGUAGAAAUAAAAUUCCUUGCUAUACUUAA